AUGCAGGAUGAAGACGGAUAUGUGACCUUAAAUGUUAAAACUCGAAAGCCGCCCCCUGCCCCAGUUGGUUAUGCAUCCUCCUCUUUGUGGCGUGUGGUGGCUCUGGUUCUUCUGAUCUUGUGCAUAGGAAUGGUUAUUGGACUCCUAUUUCUGGGGAUAAUGUCUGUCAGGCAGCAAAAUCUCUCACAAGUUGAGAAUGAAACUCCCACAGAAUCUCUACAACAGUCAGCAAAUCGCAUUUGCCAAGAAUUAAUACAACUCUCUGAAGAAAUAAAGCAAGGUGUUUUUGGCCAUAAAUGCAGCCCCUGUGAGAAAAAUUGGAGAUACUAUGGAAAUUGUUGCUAUGGAUUCUUUAAGCAGAACUUAACUUGGGAAGAGGGCAAGCAGUACUGCAGGGAAAGGAAUGCAACUCUUCUGAAGAUCACCAGCAAGAAUAUUCUGAAAUAUCUCAAACACAGGACUAGUCUAAUUCGAUGGAUUGGAUUAUCCCGCCAGAAUUUAAAUGGAGUCUGGAUGUGGGAAGAUGGCACAGUUUUCUCCAAAAAUAAGUUUGAGCUUUUUGGAGAUGGAACAGAAAAUAAGAACUGUGCUUAUUUUCUUAAUGGAAGAAUCUACUCUUCCCUUUGUACAGAGAAACGUUUUCUAAUGUGUGAGCGGAAAGCUGGAAUGGUAGAUAUGAACAAAUUAAUUCAAUAG